CCUCAUGGUCGCAGAGUGAUCCUCCUCUAACCCCUCCCUUACAUCAAUACCUUAUCGAUUAUUGGUCGAUUUAGAUUGACAGACGUUGGAAAGCAUGGCAAUCUGAGACAUGAUUGGACUCGUGUUCUUAAAGCCACACCCAUAUUUCAGUUCGGUUGAGCUGAAGGCGACUCUUUUCUCCCUCCAACCUAAAGCGGAUAUAGCUUUCGUGGAGUAGCUGAUCGGUACCGUUCUUCAAGGUGCUCUUGGAUCGCUUCUCCCGCACUGCUUCGGUUAGCCAGUUUCUUCCUUUCCCUCUUUACACACUAUCGUUCUCUCCCUCCUUUCUUUGCCGGACUCGCCAUUUUCCGGAGUUUAAACGGCCGAUUGUGCGAUUAAAUCAUGGAUAAGACGGAGCUGAUUCAGAAAGCCAAGCUGGCGGAGCAGGCGGAGCGCUAUGAUGACAUGGCCUCGUGCAUGAAGCAGGUGACGGAGCAGGGAGCCGAGCUCACCAACGAGGAGAGGAACCUGCUCUCCGUCGCCUACAAGAACGUGGUCGGGGCCCGGAGGUCGGCCUGGAGGGUUAUCUCGAGUAUUGAACAGAAGACCGAGGGGAACGACAAGAAGCUUCAGAUGGUGAAGGAGUACAGGGAGAAGGUGGAGGUUGAAUUACGCGAUAUUUGCAACGAGGUGUUGGGACUGCUGGACAAAUAUUUGAUCAAGAACUCCACAAAUGCUGAGAGCAAAGUCUUCUAUUUAAAGAUGAAGGGUGACUACUACAGAUAUCUUGCUGAGGUUGCCUCAGGAGAUGUCAAGAAGGACACUAUAACCAACUCUCAAGGCGCCUACCAGGAUGCUUUUGACAUCAGUAAGAAGGAGAUGCAGCCCACACACCCCAUCCGUCUGGGACUGGCUCUCAACUUCUCUGUCUUCUACUAUGAGAUCCUCAACUCUCCCGAACAGGCCUGCGCUCUGGCCAAACAAGCCUUUGAUGAAGCCAUUGCAGAGCUGGAUACACUGAAUGAAGACUCGUACAAAGACAGCACACUUAUCAUGCAGCUGCUUAGAGACAACCUCACAUUAUGGACCUCUGACAACGCUGCAGAUGAGGGUGAAGGAGGAGAUGGAGGAGAGAACUAAACACCCAUGUCUGUCCACAAAUUAAAGAAAUUAAUCCUUGAAAGACAACUUUUUACACUUCUUCAUUCCUUAUUAUUUCACUUAUGAUUAUUCUAGCCAUGUAAACCCAUGGUCAUUACCAAUGAGCUGUGAUUGUGGGAAUUCAAUCAGUCCAGGCUUUUUUUUUCUCCGUUAUCCACCACCUGGCUUGUGGUUGUAAUGAAAGUAAAUAUUAAGUUAAGGUAACAUUUCCACUCCUCAGUUUUGUGUUUUUGUCCUUUGGCCUUCUAUAUGUGCAGUGUCUGCUGUAGAAAAGUAUAAGCCUCACAAAAAAUCAAUUGUCCUUUUAAUUGUGACAAAGCGA